AUGGGACCACCGCCAGAAGCAGAGUACGGCGUGCUACGAGGACCGCGGACGCCGCACUGGCCGUGCCGCUGCGGCUCCAUCACCUUCACCAAGGGGCGCGUAAGCACCGUCAGCUACGGCAGCUACAAACCGCGCAAGCUCGAGCAGCAGCAGAGUGAUAAGCACGUCCGCAUGCUCGACGGCCUGGAGAAACAGCAGCCCCAGAUCGCGGAGCAAAUCGUGCGCGAGAAGCGGCAUCUCAAAGAGCUCAAUGGCCAGCUCGCCGAGGCGGAGACCGAAAUCAAGAAUGUCCACGGGUCGGCGCCUGGAGGAGCAGGUCUUGAAGGGCUCAAGCCGGCAGCCGAGUCCAGCAAGCCCCAGCACUGCAUGCAGAGCAGUGUCAAGGUAGACGCGGCCCACGAGGCGCUCCGCGCCAGAAGGCAGUCGACGAAG